AUGCCGAAAGGAAAGCCGCUUCUCAAAGAGCUGAACAAUGCGAAGAACAAGUCCAAGAAGAAGGGCAGACAUCAGCAUGCUGACCCAGAAACCGCAGAUGAAUUCCUAGCUGCUGGCGUUGACCAAGAAGAAGGUGGCGAAAAAUGGCGAGCUGGCGACCCCGUCAAAGCUAUGCGAUUUUUCAUGCGCGCCAUCGAGAUUUACGAUAAUGGACUUGCCAAGUUUCCCACAUCAUUCGAUUUGGCCUAUAACAAGGCUCGCGUUCAAUACGAAAUCACCCAACAUCCCAAACUAGCUACUCAGCUUCCCGCGCCGCAAAUCAAGAUCCUCCAUAUCGCUUUACAAUCCCAUCGUCACGCACUUGUACUCGAUCAAGAUAAUGCAGAUGUUUUGUUCAAUACGGCGCAGGUUUUGACGAGUCUUGCGGAGGCGUUGACUGAAUCCAAACGGGCCAAUGAAGGUCGUAUCCAGGAGGCCAUGAAAUAUCUGAACGAGGCGCUGGAGUUGUUCCAGAGAUGUUUGGUGGUGCAGGAGCUUCGAUAUACCGAGUCACAGGAACAGAUCAAGAUGCUGGAGGCUAAUGAGACUCCGCAGACCAGCGCGGAAGAACCAGCGGCUGAGGAGAUGGAUACAGAGUCAGAGGCACCCCCGCAAGAAGAAUGGGCUGCUGUGGUAGAGCCAGUAACGAAGGAUACACUGGUUGACACCGCCGUUGCACAGUUGGAGACCUUGGCGACAUUAUGCGGUCUUUUAGCUCUUGAUGGUGGUAAUGGGCUGGCAUGGGUGGAAGAGUACUCAUACGACUUGUUACGAACGAGAAUCGCUGCCUAUGUCGAAGGUACAGACAGAGAACAAGAGGUUGCACUGGCUCGCGCAAUAUUCGUGGCAGCAUUGACGGAGGUUUUGUACCGAAGCGGAAGAGCCGACGUAGAGACAUACCAGAGAGAGCUGAGUGGCGCAUUUUCGCCUGAACUAGAUCUCUCAGAAAACCCCGAAGGUCUCUGCAGCAAAGCCGAAGCCCUAACAUCAUUCAACUCUGCAAUCGCAGAUAACCCCCCUGCAGGUAACAUGGAAGAAGUGCAAAAGUCGCUUGUUUCGCGUUGGCAGGCAUUAACUGCAGCAUUGGAGGCGUUGACCACAGCUUCGAAAUUGGCUAGUGCAGAUAACGUUCCAAAGAUUCACAUUGCCAGAGGAGACGCUGAAAUGUCGCGGUGGCGGUUGGGCAGACCCCCUUGGAGUUAUCCAGUGGCGGGCGAGAACGCGCCAACACUGUUGAAAAAUGCACAGACGUAUUACCGUGGCGCUGCUGCAUUGGCCCGUAGGGAUGGUGAUUCAGAGCAAGAAAAGGAGGGUUCCUGCAAAGAGGCGCUCGCGGCAGCGCUGGCCGGCGACAAGACAAAGUUGGACCAAUUGAGAAGUGUAGAUUCAGAAAAGGUGAUGGGUAUCGCACAGGAAAUGAUCGAAGAUGGUUUGGUAGGACUGGACGAUGCCGAAUCGUUGCUCAUGUGA